AUGUCCAGCAUAAUACGAGGAUUACGUUUGCAAUUCAGACAUCGGUUUCUGACUCGGCAGAUUGCGAGUACUCGGUUUGCAGCCGCACAGUUGUCUCGCCCAGUACCAAUCAAUAAUGGCCCAGAGCCUCAGCGACGAAGCACGAGUCCUUGGAUAAACUUACUCUUAGCAGCUGGGUUGGGCUCAAUUGUGACUGGGAGUGUGAUACUCUAUCACCCACAAAGCCAGGAUACGCGAAAUGAGAAGGAAAUGGUCUACGCCACGAGGGAGGAGAUGCGAAAGGCAGUGAGCGAGAUCCAACGUAAACUUGGAGAAGAAAGCAUCAGCACUGACGACGAGGACCUCGUCACUCAUGGAUAUUCCGAGUGGUCAUCUAUCAAUAUCGACAGCCUUCCUGUGGCUGUGGCAUUUCCGAAAUCAACUGAAGAGGUGGCGACGAUCGCGAGGAUAUGUCAUGAAUACAGAGUUCCCAUGAUUCCGUAUUCCGGGGGGUCGAGUGUGGAAGGGCAUUUCUCUGCUCCGUUUGGUGGAGUCAGUGUGGACUUUCUACACAUGGACCGCAUUGUAGAGUUUCAUCCCGACGAGUAA